CACAACUUCUGGAAAAGUCCAAAGCCACAGGGCAUUCUCCUCGUAUGAAUCACCAGUCAACAUCACCGCGCUGCUCUGUAUAAAUACCUAGCGGUGGCCAACGGUCCCUGCUGCACUUCAUCAACUGGGAAGGCUACAAGGCUAGAUCUGAGGUCUUUUCUUUGCAUCCUGAAAUCUGGUCUCAGAGAGCCACACAAGAUGAGGGUCUGUGGAUCAGUGGCAGUUCUGUCUCUUUUCUGCGUCUUAUCCGAGAGUAUUUUGCCCCCUUCCAAAGAAGACCUCGGCCAGAUCUCAGUCCAGGGAGAGAAGUAUCUGGACGAACAGAUCGAGAAUGCCAUCACUGGGGUGAAGGAGAUGAAGUCUGUGAUGGAGAAAUCAGGAGAGGACCACAAGAAGCUCCUUACCGUCCUGGAGAAGACAAAACAACAGAAAGAGGAGGCUCUGAAGACAGCUCAGGAGAUGGAGACCAAGCUGGAGGAGGAGCAGGAGGUGUGCAACGACACCAUCAAGGCCCUGUGGGAGGAGUGCAAGCCCUGCCUGAAGAACACCUGCAUCAAGUUCUACUCCAGGACCUGCUCCAGCGGCUCCGGCCUGGUGGGCAGACAGCUGGAAGAGGUUCUCAACAGAACCUCUCCCUUCUCCAUCUGGAUCAACGGUGAGAGCAUCGACACGCUGGCCAAGGAGGACCAGCAGCAGAGCCGCGAGUUCCAGGAUCUGGAGGAGCGCUACUCCGAGGUGGCCGACGGUGUGGACGGCAUCUUCCGUGACAGCAUGCAGGUGUUUGACCAGAUGCGCUCCUUCCACCACCCCUUCUUCGCCAGCCCUUUCGGCGCGCCCGUUGUCCUUGGCCGCUCCCGUGUCUACCGGUCCCCGAUCGAAGAACCGCACUUCCGUGGCUUCCAGAGCAUGUUCCAGCCAAUGAUGGACAUGGCCCGGAACGUCUUCGGUUCUCUAGGACCUUACACGGGCAGUGAUGGGGACCUUGGAUUUGACCCAUCUGGAGAUGGCAGUGCGAAUGAGGACGUUGUCAUUACCAAGCCCUUCGGCAAUAACCGCAUGACCUGCAGGCAGAUUCGGAGGAACUCGGCCGGCUGCAUCAAACUCAAGGAGGAAUGCGAGAAAUGCAAGGCAAUCCAGCACAUUGACUGUUCUGGAAAGAAGCCUCUGGAAGGGCCAGUGAAGGAGCAGCUGGAGAGGGCUCUGGAAAGGGCAGAGGGGUUUACUCAGGAGUACAACAGGCUCCUGCGCAAGUUUGAGGAGGAGAUGUUUAACACUUCGAGACUGCUGGACAUGUUCAACAAGCAGUUCGGCUGGGUCUCCACUCUCGCCAACAACACCCAGACCAAAGAUGGAUUCUUCCAGGUUAAAACGAUCCUGAGCAGGAGCAGUGAGGAUUCUAAAGAGCCAAGCGACACCAACGUCUCAGUGCAGCUGUUCAACGUUCCCCCCAUGACCUUCGCUGUGCCAGGGGACAUCCCCUGGAGUGACCCCAAAUUCUCAGAGGUGGUGGCACAGGAAGCUCUGGACCGCUACAAGCAGACCACCGUGGUCGCAAAAUAGAUGUCAGCGAUUCCAGCAGAGAGCUGCUGCAGCUGUGGUGGUGAAUUCCAAAUAUUCCCUUUGCGAGGAUAGGAGAGAGAAAAAAAAAAAAGAAAAAGUAAUCUUCAAGGAGCUUAUCAGACAAGCUUUCUUCAGCAUUAGGGUUAGCGCACCAGUUUGUACUAUUAUGCUGCGGUGUCCCCAUUUAGAAAUCUAGCAUGAUUCCUGCUCGGAGCUUCAACCUUGAAAAAAAUGAUCACCAUUUGCAAACACCACAUGAAACCUCUCUAGGUAUGUAGGGACUGCUCUAUGGGAACAUCACAUGAAACCUCUCUAGGUAUGUAGGGACUGCUCUAUGGGAACAUAACAUGAAACCUCUCUAGGUAUGUGAGGACUGCUCUAUGGGAACAUAACAUGAAACCUCUCUAGGUAUGUGAGGACUGCUCUAUGGGGACCCUGAGGAGAAUGUAUACACGCUUCUAUUUCUUUUUUUCCACUAUGUGACGGAUACUGGCACUAAUUCGAGAUUCAAAUUUGAAUUCAAAAUGCGAUUCAUGUGGCCAUAAACACUGUUUGGGGCUAAGGAACUUGUACUCCUUUGACAAUAAAGCUAUGUGUGUAACAA